UGCUUUCUCUGUUAUCUCUGGACACAAAUCAAAAACACCAUACUCACAUAUACAUAUAAUCAUAUAUAUAUAUAUAUAUAUAUAUAAUUGUAUAUAUAUAGAGAGAGAUGAGAACGAGGCAGGGAGUUUGUUAUCCGAAAGUAGAGAUGUGUUUGGAGAGAGCAGUGAAGAGACAGAGAGAUUUGGCCGGAGAAUUGAGGAGUAUCGGAAAACGCUUGAAGAGGUGGCCGCAGGUCACCGGAGAUUGUGAUUUGUUCGACGAGUUGCCUGAUGAUCUCGUCGUUUCUAUUCUCUGCAAACUCAGUUCUACAGCGAGUUGUCCUGCAGAUUUUCUUAACGUUUUGAUUACAUGCAAGAGAUUAAACGGUUUAGGCCUCAAUUCCAUGGUUUUAUCCAAAGCUUCAACGAAAAUACUUGCCGUUAAUGCUAAAAACUGGUCUGAGUCCGCUCACCGAUUCUUGAAACAGUGUGCCGAGUCAGGAAAUGUCGAAGCUUGCUACACACUCGGCAUGAUUCGUUUCUACUGCUUGCAAAAUCGAGGAAGUGGAGCUUCGUUAAUGGCAAAGGCGGCGAUUAACUCUCACGCGCCGGCGCUUUACUCUUUGGCGGUGAUUCAGUUCAACGGCAGUGGCGGCUCCAAGAACGACAAGGACCUCCGAGCCGGCGUUGCUCUCUGCGCUCGAGCCGGCUUCUUCGGCCACAUCGACGCUCUCCGCGAGCUCGGCCACUGCCUCCAAGACGGCUACGGCGUACGCCAGAACAUCGCCGAGGGACGGCGCUUCCUUGUCCAAGCCAACGCUCGCGAGCUCGCCGCCGUCUUAGCCGUUCCCCCCUCAGCCGUGACUUCAACCACGCGGCUGACUUGGAAUCCUCUCCCUCACCUCCGCCAUAUCACCGGCUCGGCUGGGUGUCCUUUGCUGAGUGAUUUCGGCUGGAACGUGCCGGCGCCGGAGCCCCAUCCUGCGAGCCGGUUUUUGACAGAAUGGUUUGCGGCUCGGGGUGGAGUACCAGGUCCGGGGCUCCGGCUUUGCUCCCAUACCGGGUGCGGGCGACCCGAGACGAGGAGGCACGAGUUCCGUCGGUGCUCCGUUUGCGGCGCGGUGAACUACUGCUCGCGCGCGUGUCAGGCGCUGGAUUGGAAGAUGCGGCACAAGGCGGAGUGCACACCCAUGGAGAGGUGGGUGGAAGAUGACGGAGAUCAUGACGGAGACGGUGACGGAAACGGUAAUGUUAACGGGGAUGGUGAAGCAAUGUUGGUGGAGAGUUAAUUUAACGGUGAGGGAUGACGGGGACUGUGAACGUGACGGUAACGGCACUUGAGUCUUUGAAAAUGAUGAGAGGGGAAAUUUUCGGCCAUUUUUGGUGGAAAAUUUAAUUCAACGUUUUUUUUUUUUUUUGGAAAGAAAAAAUGUGGUUGGUUGUCUGUCUGUACAGAGAAGGUAAUUAGGAGGUUCUACGAGGGUCUUUUUUGUACGAUAGAGCAUUUUAGGACAUAGCUUCCUUAAAUUUCCGUAAUUUAAAAGGAUUAAUUUUCUAAAAAAAAAAAAAGGGAUUAAAAUCAAAA